AUGAAUGUGCGGCCUUCCGUAGAGGCAUUCACGGAAAUCAACGGAUCAGAAAUGAAUACCCUUGGACAGCAAACCAUGCAAGAAACUUCUUCCAGCCGACUGCCGGACUCAGGUCCCGGUGGAGAGGCCGGGUCCUUGUCGGCGCAAAAUGCAAAGCAACCCGCGGCGACGGGGGAUGAAGACGUGUGGGCGCGGAUGAUAGAGAACUCGGACAACACAGCAAAUAUUUGGUCAGAGAAGGGAUCUUCCCUGGAUUGCUCAUCAAUGGGACGAAUCGACAAACCGGUGUACAAAUUCGUCAAGUUCCGAGGCGAGCCCAUGGCUCACUCCAUGCUCCCCCAUUUGGAAGGCCACACUGAGGUGUCGGUGGAUGCUGUCGAACAGAGAUAUUCCGGGAUUGAUCGCACCUAUUUCCAUCGCUUCAACGCCCCAAGAGCUCACCGCCCUCAGGGUAAGGCCCCGUGGCUACAUGCUUCUUGCGACGCCCAUUGCAAUCUACUUGCCCACCUGCCGAAAGAGGAUCAAUUCUAUCUGUACAGCAUCAAGAAAGUGUUCAGCUUUCCGCAACGCUCAGUCACCGAGAGACUCCUCGUCAUCUUCAUCGAGUCGUGUUAUCCUUUGAUGCCAAUCUUCGACAGACAAACCGUGCUGCAGCUUUAUGAGGCCAUGUACAUGAACAGGCCAAGCUCUCCACUGUUAUUCCAUGCAAUCCUCUUCACCGCUUGUCACUUUGCCGAUCCACCACUUCUGCUCGAAGCCGGGUUCAACUCGGUUCUGGAGGCAAAAGUCUACUUUUUCCGCCGUGCCAAAAUCUUAUACUUUCACGACUGCGAGCAGGAUCACAUGUUUGUUGUGCAGGCUCUGAUUUUGAUGACCUUUUGGUGGAUGGAAUAUACCGAAGAGAAAGACAUGCGUUUCUGGGUCGGCUGUGCUGUGAAUCUUGCGUUGUCAAUGGGAAUGAACAAACUUGGGGUUAAAACGAUAGACCUGGCUCCAGCACAAGAACUUGUCUGGCGGAGAACUUUUUGGACGCUCUUUUGCCGAGAACAUACCAUUGCUGUUGCCCUUGGCCUGCCGUUCCUUCUCAAUCUCAAGGAUUGUGAUCUGGAACCUCUCUCCGCGGCGGACUUUAGGGAUAAUGAAGACCAUCAAAUCGCCGUUGUUUCUGGGCUCCUCAGCACAACUGAAUUCCCCAGGCCACACCCAAGUCACGGCCAUGUGUGCCUAAAACUGACGGAGCUCACCAUGAGAGGUAAGCACCAGUCAUCAGGCGCCAUUGGUGUUUUCGCUGAAAGUCCGCGUACAGUUGAGAAGAUGCUUCUAUCUCUCCGAGAUGCCGCAGAUCCUUCUCACUCCAUUGUGACUCUCGAGAGUAUGAAGGACAUUGUGUCCAGGGAAAAUUUCUGCACCCCUGGAAUGAUGGAAGAUAACUUUUCGGUCGACGAUCCCACAACCUGGAACAGAGGCAACAUUUUCCCCAUAUUUCUGUUCCUUUAUCACGAGAGAGUAGUAAUACUAUAUUACCGACGCUACGAACGAGCACUUGUGGCCCUGCAAAAGGCCGAUAUUGACCGCCUGGCCGAUGGCGACCGCGAGUGUAUCUCGUCUGAUGCAGAGCUCAACAGGGAACGCCCCGAACUAGGUAAUAGUCUGAGGCAGAUUCGAGCUAAUAUCCUACAAUCGGCCGGGAACAUCAUUGAGAUGCUCGACAAUCUUUUAGCGCAGGGCCUCCUGCGUUAUGCACCGUCACAUGUAAACACGUCCUGUUUCCACGCAUUGCUCAGCAUUGCAGAAGAAAUUGUGACCACUUCCCCGAACACCUUGGAGCCUCAAUCUGCGAAACAGAAGUACUCCAAGGGUCUUCAAGCGGUCGAGGACAUGAAGAACUAUUGGAAGAUGGCAUCCUGGGCACACUCCAUGUUCAAAAAGCUCGCCGACGACGACUUCAAAGCGUUGAAGCUCUCUGCCGACAGGCGGAGAAGGGAGCUGGGGCUGUCACGCCUGCAGUCGCGCAUUGCAUCCAGAAUGCACAGCCCGAUAUCUGAAAUCGACGACUCCGAUCUCCGAAUGGGGUUGGACUUCCUCGACACCUGCCUCAACGGCGAUCAGGAUCCGGGCGUUAACUUCAAUAUUUUCAAUGACUGGCAGGAUAUGAAUCCCCUGGAAGGCUGGUCGUUGAUAUGGGAACACGAUCGAGGUGGCGGAUGCUAA